UGAUCACUUACAUAACCCUCAAAUUUGACAUUUAUUUCCCUACUGUAACAUUUCAUAAUAAAUUCUAAUAAGAAUAAAAUAUAAAGAUGUCACGAUUUGCAUCAAGAUUAAAGGAAUUGAGAAUCCAUUUAUGUCAAACAGGUGUAGCUAGUAAGGGAGUGAGGGAAUUUAUCGAACAACAUUACGUUCCUCUGAAAAAGGCCAAUCCCAAAUUUCCAAUUUUAAUUCGUGAAUGUUCUGGGGUGCAGCCUAAAGUAUGGGCAAGAUAUGAAAAAGGUGUUGAGCAAAGUAUUUCAUUGAAGGAUCUCAGUGCAAGUGAAGUGUUAUCCAAAAUUGAGAGUCUUUCCAAAUAAAAUUAAUGAAUUGAGGGAGAAAAAAUAUAAUGUAGAGAAAUAAAAUUUAUAUAGGUUA